UCCGACGUAUUUAAAACCCACCAGCCUAGCUUUCAGUUCUCUUCAAUCUCACUCAAAAUUCCCAAAAUUUCUCCUCCCCUCUCUCUCUGAUGGCGUCGAUCGCGAAACUCGCAAACCCUAGCUUUGCUUCUACUGCUUCCUUGUCAUCCUCGACUCUUCGAUCGGAGCUAAAGAUCUCAUCGCUCGAGUUUGGUUUGAGCGGAGCCUCGAUUGAGAGGCGAGGAUCGCCAUUUAGUAUCUCGAUUCGAAGAGAUUGCGUCGAGAGAGGCUCUCUGGUCGUGCGCGCCUCCAAACACGAUGGAAAUGGUGUUCCAACAAAGAAGACUACACUGCAUGAUCUAUAUGAUCAGCAAGGACAAUCUCCAUGGUAUGACAAUUUAUGUCGCCCAGUGACAGAUUUGUUGCCUUUGAUUGCUAGCGGGGUCAGAGGCGUUACUAGCAACCCAACGAUCUUCCAGAAAGCAAUCUCAUCAUCAAGCGCCUAUGAUGAACAAUUUAGGCAGCUUGUAUCGGAUGGAAAGGAUGCAGAAAGUGCAUACUGGGAGCUUGUGAUAAAGGAUAUUCAAGAUGCAUGCAAACUUUUUGAGCCCAUUUAUGAUCAAACUGAUGGAAGUGAUGGCUAUGUAUCAGUUGAAGUAUCUCCCAGACUUGCAAAUGACACGAAUGGAACUGUUGAAGCAGCAAAAUGGCUUCAUAAAUUGGUUGAUCGCUCCAAUGUCUACAUAAAGAUUCCAGCUACCGCAGAAUGCAUUCCUUCUAUCAAAGAGGUCAUUUCACUUGGAAUAAGUGUCAAUGUAACGUUGAUCUUUUCACUUUCUAGAUAUGAAGCUGUUAUUGAUGCUUACUUGGAUGGCCUUGAAUCUUCUGGGCUGAGCGAUCUCUCCAAGGUUACAAGUGUAGCAUCCUUCUUUGUUAGUCGCGUCGACACUCUUGUUGAUAAGAUGCUUGAAAAGAUUGGAACACCUGAAGCUCUUGACCUGAGAGGAAAGGCAGCAGUUGCCCAAGCAGCACUAGCUUAUAAGCUUUAUCAGAAGAAAUUUUCUGGGCCAAGAUGGGAGGCUUUAGUGAAAAAAGGAGCCAAGAAGCAGAGAUUACUGUGGGCCUCAACCAGUGUUAAGAAUCCUGCAUAUCCUGACACACUAUAUGUGGCUCCCUUAAUUGGACCUGACACGGUCUCAACUAUGCCUGACCAAGCACUGCAGGCAUUCAUCGACCAUGGAGUCGUCUCAAGAACAAUUGAUGCAAAUGUUUCAGAGGCUGAAGGAAUCUACAGUGCCAUUGAGAAGCUUGGAGUUGACUGGAACGAGGUCGGAGCGAUCUUAGAGGCAGAGGGAGUUGAUUCCUUCAAGAAGAGCUUCGACAGUCUGCUGGUCAGCCUUAAGGAGAAGGGUGACUCCCUUAAGCUUGUCAGCCAUUAAAAUUCCCCCACAGGAGAACUGUGGUGUUAUGUUUUAUGCAGUUGGUGAAACAUGGUAAUAAACCUAUUGUAAAUUAGUGUAUGUGGGAUGUUGGGUAAAUUGUUGUGUUAUUUGAAUGGUUGAUAAGUGGUGUUUCUUUUUAAUGAUAUUGUUUUGAUAUAUUUAUUA